AUGGCUGCUGCAGAGUCUGCCUCCUUCCGGGAUGUGGUCAAGUCGCGAGUCUUCGAUGGAACCUGGAAGGCGACCCAACGCUCGUUCGCUGCAACUGCACCCGCAGACACCCACAGACACCGCUACCUCUCAGGCACCAUGCUGGAUCAAGAAGAUUGCAGCAAGCAAGAAAUCCUUACUUGGAAGGUUGACGGCAAGUCCUUCAUUCGGACCCUCUUUGACUCCUUUGGUAUCUGGGAGAUCCAGUCGCUUGCCCUCAUCGCCGGCAACAACGACCAUGUGUUCAAGCAAGAGUUGAACCCCAACUACUUCAGGCUCCGAGGAUACAAGGACGGCACCUCCCUGCUGGACCUGUGCAUAGCUACCCAGAUGCUUCCGCCGAAAAGUUCUUCCUCAGUCGCGGCGUUUUCAAGCUUGACUCUAAGCAAGACCAAUGGCCGCGAUGUCCCUCAACUGACUAUGAUGGUUGACCCCUCGAGUCCUAAACUGUACCGCUCGCGUUGA